AUGGGGAUCUAUCUUGUUUGGUGGCGAUCAACUCAUGCAACCACCGGUCCUCUUCCACCACCGGCGAUUUGGUCCUCAGACUCCUCUCCGUUCGCCCCGUGGACGUCUCCACGCCGGAGGCGGGCCGUGGAUCUUCCAGUGCGCGAGCCACCGGUGACCACGACGGUGGCGCUGCCUGGAGCCAAAGUCGAGGAGGAGACCAAACAGAAGAGAGCAGAUGAGUACCGCCUGGUGCUCUUCAACGAUCCCUUGAACAAGCGUGAGUAUGUGGCAAGGUGCUUGAUGACCAUUUGCUUGCUCAAAGAGGGUGAUGCUUACCAGGUCAUGAUGAAGGCCCACAAAGAAGGUGUGGCAGUGGUUGGAACCUAUGCAUUUGAGACGGCUGAGGCUUAUUGCGAAAGCCUGAAAGCUCAAGGGCUGAGCGUAGAUAUCUUCCCCGUCGACAAGGACGACUAG